CUGAACGGUGCUGUGGGGAGACAAAUGAUAUUACUUGGAAAAGGAAAAUGUUGCAGAUCAAGUUGUCUUUGAUAAAAUUCCAGAGGAAGAAUCAUGAUUUUGACAGUGUAUUAUAAAAGCUUAACAUAAACAGAUCACUAAAACAGCAGAAUAAUGUUAUAACGACAAGAAAGAGGAUAUAUAUCUUAAAUAUACAAUAUACAAAGACAAUGCAAUAGGUUCCUCAGCCUCAUGAGCUCCCAGACAAAUAUAAACGGGAGGAAUCUUGCGAGGACUGGGAGGGAGGGGGGUCAUUUCCAUGCUCGCUUGCCUCUGCUCCACUCUCUCGUCUUUCCUUCGUCCGAGCCCCUCGAUCCCUUUCCUGCGUCAGCCUCUCUCUUCAGCCCGCCCCCUCCGCCUAUGCGACAGCAGGACCGGGAAGAGAAGGCGCGCCGAACGGCUCUGGAAUCCUGAGACAUUUCUGAAAUGAAGAAACUCCUGCUGAUUGAUGUUGAUUGUGGAGUCGAUGAUGCUCAAGCCAUAAUGAUGGCUCUAGCAUCUCCCAGUGUUGAAAUCCUGGGAAUUACUUGCUGUUAUGGAAACAGUCUGUUGGAAAACACAUGUCGAAAUGUACUCCGUGUGUUACAAAUUUGUAACAAGCUCGAGAUUCCAGUGUAUCCUGGUGCUGCUUCUCCCAUACUUGGUGGCCCUGUGCUUGGGUCUUCGUUUCAUGGAAAAGAUGGUUUGGGUGAUGUACCAGAUCCUAACGCUCCAGGAUUAGAACUUCUUCAGAAAGAACAUGCUGUGCUUACAAUAUUAAGAAUAGCCAAUGAGCGACCUGGUGAGGUCUCUCUGGUUGCUACUGGUCCCUUAACAAAUUUAGCACUUGCAGUGGAAAUGGAUCCAACACUUCCAAAGAAACUUAAAAGUGUGUUCAUCAUGGGAGGAAAUACUGAAUCCAGAGGAAAUACUACAGUCUGUGGAGAAUUCAAUUUUGCAACUGAUCCAGAAGCUGCAUACAUUGCCUUAAAUGAGUAUACCUGCCCAAUUUAUAUUGCAGCAUGGGAGUUCACAUGUUCCUUCCCACUGUCCUGGGAAUUCUACCAUGAAUGGGUUAAUCAGCAUACUGAGAAAGCCAAGUUCAUGAAGAAGAUAUUUGCCCAUUCUUUGCAAAUGUCAAAAUAUCUUGGGGAAAAUGCAGGUGAGAAAGAAUGGAGAUCAGGGUUCGUUUCUUGUGACUCCUAUGCUAUGGCUGCUGCAAUCGAUGAGAACUUUAUCACAGAAGUCACAGAAAUUGGUGUAAGCGUUGAGCUCCAUGGUAUGCUGACUAGAGGAAUGAUGGUAAUGGAUUGGACUGACAAACUGAAAAAGGAAAAUAAAGACUUUGUCAUGAAAAACUGUGAUUUGGGGAAGUUUCAAGCACUUAUGAUGGCUGCUUUACAAUAAAAAUUAGCUCUCUCUGAUUCCUUCUCUGACAGGACUGGCCCAAGUGUUUUAGAACCCUAGGCGAACUGUGACUUCCGUGCUACCCCCCCCCCCGCCAAUUCAGUAUACAUACACAAGCAGAACCAAGAUAAGCCUAACUAACCAAUUACAGUAGAAAUAAUUGGUGAUUGUGUUUGGAUUUUAUAUAGAAAUAGUCACAGAUGGUAUACUUGCAUUUCAUAGUAUGUUGAUCCUACUGUUUUUUUCUCAAUAAUUGUGUGUGAUUGUGUGUGUCCAACUGGGGAUGCACUGUGGCCAGAAUCCAUAUGCCACCCCUCUUCCUCACGGCUGCUUUGGAAGGUCAUAUAACACAUCUGGAGUUCCAACCCACAUAACUUUAAUGGCAAUUGUAGUUUCAUUCUUACCAAAGUUUGAAGCUGUGUUAAUAUCAUAUUGUCAUGUGUAAACAUACAGAAUUUUUCACACAUUUUUUUUCAAUAAUUUGGAACUGGUUUUUUUGUAUGUCCAAAAUAUAGCAGUCACUUUCUCCACAAUAAUUACCUUUGCAUUCAUAUCCUCCAUCCUGGUUUUUAAAGUUAUUGGGAUUCUAUUUCAAAAUGUACUACCGAAGAAGACUAGGGUUGUUUGGUGGAGGAAGGCAAACUACCUCUGCUCCUCAUUUGCCUUGAAAGCCCCAUGUUGGGGUCACCAUCAUAGGGCCACAGUCCUAUGCAUGCUGACCUGGCAGUAAAUCCCAUUGAACAUAGUGGGGCUUACUUCUUAGUAGACAUGCAUAGGAUUAUGCUGCAAGUUGCAAGUUGCUGCAAGUGGCGCCUUUCCAAAGGCCGCUGAGUCCCAGCUUGGAAAACCAAUUCUGGGGCCCAUCACUCCUUUGCCAACUCUCCUCAAGAUCCAAGCAGCAGCAGCCCAGUAUAGCUGAGUACCACAGAAGGAACAGUUUCACACCCAGCCAGCACCACAGCCACAACACAUCUGUGCAGAUGGCAGUUUCUUGACACUUUACAGGAAAGUUACACAAGUUGUUCUCACUAAAGUGCAGAACAUUGGCCACACUUCAGAGCCUUCUACAUUUUAACAUUUUAACAAAACCACUUUACUCAUCCACUUCACCAAUCCAUUCCCUGUGCCCAUUUGUGCGCCUUAAAGUCUGACACUAGGCAAUUGCCUAGAGUCUCUCUACAUGAGACAUCUGACAUGUGAAGAACAUGUGUUGGGAGAUGCAGUGGUAACUGGGAAGGGUGGUUUAAAAAGACAGGGCCGGUGGCAGGGCAAAGGCGUUGCUAUACACGAGCUGUGUGAAGGGGGUAUAAAAUACCAGAAGGGAAACUUCAGCCCAUUAUAACUUCCCCAGGUCCAAGCCUGGCUUUGGAAGGCAGCUCCAGCCUAUUUCCAUUCCUCACUGCCCUCUGGUUGCAAUCCCACACAGUUUUAGAUUGGAGAGGUGAAAUUGACAGAGCCUUUGGGGAGGCAAAGAUGAAAUUAAUAACCCCUUUGAAGAGCAAUCUCCACUAGCUGUGUUUUUUUAAAUUACACUUCCUGGCUAACAUUGCACCUCCCUAGGCUUGGUGAACACAUGCUGAGGUGUCUCAUGUAGAGAGACUCCUAGUUUCCCUAUACGGCUGGGCUGGCCCUGUUCUCUAAUUAUACAUUUGAGUAGAUGGAUAGCCUGAUCUUCUGUUACUGCUACAAAAGCUGAGGUUAUUGCAACAGUUAAAGCAGCAUUCUGUGCAACACUUGUAGGCAGAGCUAUCCUGAUCUUUCUUGCUUCCUAUUGAGAAGCUUGAAAUGACUCUUACCUGGGAAUAAACUCUAGGAAAUAAACUGGGAUUUUCUUCUAAGUAAAUAUGCAUAGGAUUGCACUAUAGCUAUACUUAAGACAGUAAGUAGGAUUUCUACUAAGAAGUAUUGAGAAUGAGAUCCAACUGUGAAAAAAAUAAGCACUUCUGAAUUUACUUGGAUAGAUUAAAGUUGCUUUUAGGUACAAAAAUAGUUCUGUUAACUUACACAAAGGACAUAAAAAUACUGUAUUAUUUAUUUAUAGAAUGAUUGCAAACUGAUUUUGUAUGUAAUAACUGUGACUAGCAUAAAUUAUGCAAACCAACAUAGACUUGUCAGUCCCUUCAGUAGCAGAAUGGGGUAAUAAAUGAUAAGCACAAGGCUUUUCUUUCAGCUGGAACGCAGCAGGACUCAGUUCCGGCACCUCCUUUUACCAUCCCAUCUGGACAAGGGAGGUUGUGUCAAUUAAACAUUUAGUGAUGCUAGGCUAAAUUGCUCCACAUUAUUUGUUUAGAAUCUAAAAUGUAGUUUGUUGCAUUAUUAGCAAAAUAAGGCAUAGGUGUCUACUAAAACGAGUCAUUUAUUCAAUAUAUUGUAACAAAUAUGGAAUUCUAUGAUGUAGUUAACUUACAUCUGAAAAA